AGAAACGUUUUUAGCAUGCAAAAGAAGAUAGGCAUAAUGUGAGACAGAACUAAUAACUAACAAUAAAUGGAUUUAAUGCUGAUAUAUGGUUUCUUGUGGUUGCUAUGGUUGCCAAGUUAUGUUAGUCAAGGUAUAGCAUCAGUAGUGCUAGAGCGAGCAUGUGAAGUAUACCAGAACCCAGGCACAUACCUGGCAUACCAGGGAGACGAGCAGCAGUACCUGACUUGCGCUUGGAACGGGACGGACAAUGUGGAUAGUUUUACGUGGACUCUUAACGGGCUCAUCAUUGAUCCCAUCGUCAAACUAAAUGAAGCUAAAAGGCAGAGGAUAAUGAUCCAGAAACUGGACGAUACCCACGCUGGCGUCUUCACCUGCACAAUCCGCACCGUGAAUAGUGUAACAGCCAAGGCUAGCGUCACGUUACAGUUACAAGGUAGAGUACCGGAGAUAACAUCAGAUACAGACGAGUUUGUAGCGGGUAACAAUGUUACUCUGACUUGCAAACACUCCAUCAUCAACGUUACUGGUAUUUCCUGGUUCGAGGACGGAUUCAGUCUCUAUCAGCUUGGACGCGGCUGGGUAACGGUGCACGGAGACGCAUACUUUGCAGAGUCAAUAUCAGUCUCACUUCGUCUCCCGGCUGACUCGCCCUCCGAGAAGUACGAGUGUAGAGUUGAGUCGGAGAUACAAUGUAAGGGGUACGGGGGCAGGAAACAGAUUACUAAGAAAACACAGCGGAGUGAACUUUACGAGAUUGACAUUAAGUACCCUAUCGAACUGAACGUUUCAACCUCUGAAGUGGACCUUGGACUUAAUGAUGACUUCAACAUCAGCUGUACACAAUCCAAAGGCGACACACCCUCAAACAUUUCUUGGUAUAAACUAGACGACGAUGGAACCAUGAUCCCGAUAAGCCAAGUAGACACAGUCCACAUGGUACCUCUAGGUAAUGGUGGUAAACUUAUCUCCAUUUACAAAGCCAAACCCUACAUGGCAGGGACCUAUGUUUGCAAAGGGUGGAACGGCUAUGGGCAGGAUUCCAGAAACGUUACUGUAAAUGUUAAAGAUAGAGGUAGCGGAGGGAACAUCAUUAAGUUGACAGAGGGAGACCCUGGUGUAAAUAGAAAGUUAGAGCUCCUCUGUUACGAUGAUGAGAUCGACUUUGAAGAGAACGCUACUGAAUGGUUUAAAGACGGUGUUCUACUCCGAGCUCCUCACGACAGAUACGACUUCUCAGAUAACAGGAUUCUCAUACCCACUCUAAUGAGAGCUGACCAAGGAAACUACUACUGUAGAUACGCUGACGAGAACCAUCCAGUUAAAUUCUACUCUGAAGAAUACAGACUUAAAGUUAUCGAUUUUCCCCCACAACCCAUCAACCUGACGAUAGACACCAACCACACCACAGAGAAUAGUCUAGUAAUACAGUGGGCCUAUUCCCCUGAUGAGGACACUGUAGCUACUGCUAUCAAGAUUGUUGCUGACUUCUCUAUUAAUACCGACAAUAACCCGGACUCGAGAGUACAGAACACCAUUAAGUGUGAGGAUGGGAAAUGUCCCACUGACUACAAACUGAGAGGUUUAUCUCCGGGCACCAAGUACAGGAUUGACGUGAUCUCACUCAAUGAUCUGGGGGAGUCACCUAGCAAACCUGUCUUCCACUCUACCAACAUAUCACAGCAGUUAACUGAGAACUCCCCUAACGAGUAUGUUAUGAAGCUAGCUGUGGGAUGCACUGCUGGUGUUUUUGUGCUGAUGUGUGCUCUAGGUUACAUCUUCUUUAGGCGACACAAGAGAGAUUACAAAAAGAAAGUGUACGAUAAGAUAGAAAAGGAGCUCGGAUUUACCAUCCCUAAAACGCUGAGGAACGACUACAUCUCUAACGAGUACGAGUACAAGAACUUAAAGUUCCUGGACACAUUGGGAGAGGGAGCCUUCGGGAAGGUUCUGAAAGCAGAGGCUCAGGGGCUAAAGUGUCCUCAGGGGUCACAGAUUGUGGCGGUUAAAAUGUGCCGAGCAGAAGAAAACGAGUAUGAUAAGAACGAGCUGUUGGCAGAAAUAAAUAUCCUCAGUAAACUAGGUGUUCACCAACACGUUAUACCUCUGCUAGGUGUUUGUACGAGACCAGGCAGACCGACCUGUCUUAUCACACAAUACAUGCCUGACGGAGAUCUACAGAACUAUCUGCGGAGCUCCAGAUCCUCAUUUGUAGGAACGUACCCCUUCAAACCUCAGACCCAAGACAGUUUCCAGCUUCCAAACAUCAGUAAUAUCAGUAACCUCUGUACCAGUGACGACACUCUUACUAGCAAGGAUCUUAUUUCUUUUGCUAGACAGAUAUCUUGUGGCAUGGAAUACGUUGCUUCUCAGAAGAUAGUCCACAGAGAUUUGGCUGCUAGAAACGUUCUGGUAGCUUCUAAACGUUCCCUCAAAAUCACAGACUUUGGGCUGGCCAGAGAAAUGAGAGGAGUGAACGAAGAAUACGUGAUGGGGCCUAACAGGAAAGUCCCGUAUAGGUGGUUAGCUCCGGAGAGUUUCUUUGAGAAGAAGUUCACAGUUCACUCUGAUGUGUGGGCUUACGGUGUUCUGUUAUACGAGAUUCUUACUUUAGGAGGCUCCCCGUACCCGAGACACACAAUCAGAGACAUUCCAGAGAUGUUAAAACAGGGAUACAGAAUGUCACCCCCCACUAACAGCAAGCCUGAGCUUAACCAGUUGAUGUCACUGUGCUGGCACGAGGCCCCUGAAUCAAGACCCUCCUUCACCGAGAUCAAGAACCUUCUAGACGAACUACUCGGAGACCGACCAGAGGAAUACCUGGACUGUGGAGACCCUGAAGCUGACAUCUUACCCAACCUCAACUCCAACGACAACAAGGAAAUGGAUCAGAACUUCAGAUACAGUUUCAUGUCCACUGCCACCAUGCAGGGAGGUGAUAUGAUCAGCUCGAUAGCCGCGCAGGGUUACGAUAGAAUCGCAGAUGCGCACUCCGCCUACGGUACCAUGGUACCCACUAAGGACAGAAACGAGUCAAAAUUCAGUCCGCGAUUAAACGAGAUAAAGAGUAAUCCUAUCCCAGACACAUAUCAGCAUUUACCGAUACACGAGCCAUCACCGGACUCAGCCAGAAAGAACAGCGCACAAUACGUCAACCACGACCUUGGUAUGGAGCCAGUUAUUGUCAAACAGGAUUUUAUGUGCGGAACUGAGAAUUUUGUGGCUCAGAAAUUGUGAAACUGAUGUUUCAGACUGAGUCAUUAAAUAAUAGACUGAUAUUUAAUCCGAGGCCCUGAUCAUUUGGAGCUGUGUUCCGCUGCCUGAGGCCGAAAUUUUUUAAGAUAAAUGACUCUAAAGACACAUGUAAUUUUUUAAACGAUUAUCGAUGAUCCGUGAUUGUUUUUGUUGUUUUUUAUUGUUGUAUAUUUAAAAUAAUGUUAUUUUAUAUUAUACCUAAAUUUAAAAGAUUUUUGGGAAAUAAGCCAUGAGAAAUGGCUCAAAACGACUGAAAAACGAUCAAGUAAUUUAUUAAUACGCUUUUAUAAGCAUAAUGAAUUAGAUCUGUUUUGAUUAGUCGGCUUUAUUCUCAACAGCAAUAGUAUCUAGAUAUAUGAUCUUUAUAGUAUCUAGAUAUGUUCUUGAUAAGUUUUUAGUAAUGAUUUUUUCGGGACAUGUGGUAACUUGUUGAGGGUUCUGGUACCAGGCUAUAGUCAGUAGUUUGCUGAUAGUUUUGACGUAUUUGAUAUACGAUUGUAGAGCAGCUCUGUUUACGUUAAAGACAAUAAUAUGACUGGACAUGAAUUACAUGUAUGUUUAAAGAAAUUAUAUAAUAGAUUGAUUCUCUUUUUCUUCAUGAAAGUUGCUUUUAAAGCAUUAUAUCAUAGAAUAGAUUAAAGCUUCCAUUUAAGCUUGUUUUACAUAAUUGAUAACCCCAAUUGGGCAUUUGUUUGAUUUAAAUUUUUAUUUCCAUUGGUUACAA